AUGGACGAUCUUCUCAAGCCGGUCAAGACCGUCAGGAACGUCAAGAGCAACAUCGAAAAGUUUGAGACGUUGUCAUUACGAGAGCAGCAGUCCACGAACGAUCUGACUUCAACAAGAAAGAUCCUAUCAGAGGUCUCGAAUGGAUCAGACGCCCCGUUGAACGUAUUGAGGGAGUCUGCCGAAGAAGAGGGUUCAGACGUUGCAGAUGAUCAUGUUACGAAGGACUUGAUUCCAAGUGAAGAUGGGCAAAGUCCAGAAAGAGACAGCCUACAGCGGAUCGAUGGGUCAAUCUCGUCGCCGGAACAUGCUUUUGAGAUACUCAAACAGCAGCCUACAGAGGAAAGUUUUGCAGCUGUGAUACAGUAUUUGGAAGACGGUAUCCACAAGAAGCACCAUUUCAGUCUACACGUUCCAAGUGCAUCAUCUGCUCAGAUACUGAAUGUGCUUGUCGCCAAUGUCGUUCCGGAUCGGUGGCCAAUUCUCAAGUCCAAUACAGCUUCCAAGGUGGACAAAACGAUCAGAAAGUCCUUGCUGUUAUGCAUGAGCAGUGUCGCUGGCAUAGGAGCUAUGAUUGCUCGUAUCCAAAGUCUGAUAACGUCUCCUCAAAUCAGUAAAGCUGGUUCUUCGCAACACAUCGUAUUCAGGGACACAGUCUCAUUCUUCGGGAGCAUUGCCUUUCACAAGAACUUGGUAAGAGAUCUGCUGGAACGAACGCAAUCCUCGGUUGGCAGACCUGGUCAAGAACAAGCUCUUUGGACAGAAGCGACUUCACUGCUUGCAGGCAGCAAGAUCCUGAGUGUUUUCCUGGAAGCUUCCACCAUGUCAGAGCUCAAGGGAGAGAUUCCGUCGUGGCUUCAAGAUCCAAAGGAGUACUGUGGAUGGCUAGGUGUGAACAUUGCUUCCGCAGCCACCAGCCUGACGCCUGUUACAGAAGAUGCCUGGAAAAUGCUGGCUAAUCUUUUGAAGAGAGCACUGAGUUUGGGCCAUAAGGAUACCCUAGUCGUUGAGCUCUAUAUGCAGCUCUUGCUAGGCGAGAAAGCCUUGUGGACUCCUCUCCGACUUUUGUGCAGCUACCUGCCGCGCCUGAAUCAGAAAACGCUCUUGGAGCUAAUGCUGCAAGACAUGUCGCAGAAAUUCUUGUCGACAAGCCGGGAUAAAGACGAUGAUCCGAAGCUGGUCAUCAAUGGCAGAGACGCUGUUGGAGGUGUUGCAUCGAUCAUCUCUGGGUUUAUUAGUGAUAACGAAUACCUUGAAGCUCAACUAAUAGACUGUUUGACAAAUACGGCGAGUGCACACACUCUGGAGACGAGACGAGCAAUGAUACUUGUGCUAUCGUCCAAAGAGGGCAAGUUGGCCUCCAAGUCUGGAAAACUACAGGCGUUGUUGGAAAAGAGCAUGAAGAUCUUUAGUGACAAGUUACACAUCAAGCACGAUUCAAUACUCCAGCAAGAAGCUUUGGCUCAAGUCGUCCUCGUAACUGCUGGAUAUCUGCAUCGUAUGAAAUCACACUACAUGUCCGAAUUGUCCAAAUCCUCUUCCUAUCUUCACGCUGUCUCCAACCGCCUAGCAGCGUCUUUACCUCAAGCUCGAUUUCUAGGUAUGGUGGUCGGCAUGGCUAUAUCAAGAUUAGUCGAUCAGCCUGAUAAGAGGAUGAACUUUGAUGUCGAAGAGAUGGAAAGUCAAGAAGCCGAGUGGUGGUUCAGUCUUGUCUCUGUAGAAGACGUCAUGGGCACGGUUGAGGUGCUGAGGAAUUCGUCGACUAACACAAGACGUGCUACCGCUCAGCUGGUACCACAGAAGCGCAACUCGGCCCAAACACACCAGCGCAAACGCAGGGCGCAGGCCGAGACCUCGAAGAUCAUAUCGAUUGAGGAGGUGGACAAUGACGAUUCAGAAAGCGAAGACGACGACUUGAUUCCGUAUCAGAAACCCGACGAGGAUGCGGAAGAUUCUGACGAAGAUCCAACCCUCAUCAAUCGCUCGAAACCUAAAGCCCCAGUGUAUGUGCAUGACCUGGUCAAGAGCCUCAACGUGGUAGACAAGCCGGAAGUUGUCGAAAUGGCCCUCAAGACUGCUCCGUCUCUCAUCCGCCGCAAAGCCCACUUUGGCAGCGAGCUCUCAGAAAACAUCAUAGACCUGGCCAGCGCACUAAUCAACCUCCAAGACGGCAUGUCCAGGCUCGAACUUCAAGAGCUACGGCUGCAGAGUCUGAUCGCCUGCCUUGAGAUUUCUCCCUGUCUCAACGCGCCACAAUCCUCACCACCAUCGGGCUUUCAAGCCGCGAGAUCGCCGGCCACAAAGACGAAGACACUCCAUCUGCCUCUCAACCCGUUUCACCGCUCCCACCCUCAAAACAACUCCCACCCCAUCUCGCCGCCGUCUAUCAAUCCCAAUCCCACUCCCAAUCCCAACCCCAGUCUCAAUCCCAACUCUCACCCAUGCACCUCACAACCCUCACCAACACAAUCCAACACACCACGCUCCGCCCCAUGUGACCCUAGCCGCAGCCGACGCCGCCACCGGGCCCAACAUCCUCAAGAUCCGCACCUUCUCCUCGCGCAUGGCCGUGCAAGAAAAAACCCAAGCCCGCACCCUCGAGCGCAGGCGCCUGAUCCCCAAAGACGUUCACAGACUCCUCGCCCAGGCCAUCUACCUGCCCCUCUGCUGCCGCCUCAGCAUCCUCCUCUCCGGCGGGCCCGGCGUCAGCGUCAAGACCAACACGCUCUUCGAGCCCCAGAUCCUGAAGCUGUUCCUGCAGACGCUGACGGUCGUGCUGACGACGCUGGGCCCGGCCGCGGUCGUGCAGCUUCCUGUUCUCAAUCAGGAAACUCUGCUUCUGGUGAUGGCGCUGCGGCGCUGUGCAUGGAUGCGGCGGUGCUGCCGGCGAUGCUGACGCUGUUGCUGGUGCUGUUGGAUGUGGGUAUCGAGGCCGGGGGUGGGGUGGAGGAGGGCUUGGUGCGGGAUCAUGGCGAUGAGAUGGCGGAGCUGGUCAGGUGGGUUGCGCAGUUGGGGGAUGGGGAGGCGGCGAGGGUGCCGGAGGCUGGCGGGAAGAAGAUUCAGGACAAGGAUAAGCAUGAUGGCAGAGAUAUGGACGGGAUGCCGUGGAGUGUGGUUGCGGCGGGGAUUCAGGUGAAAUGGUUCGAGGUGGCGAGGAAGUUCCAGGCCAGGAUGAUGGGACUGGUUGGCGGGUUGGGCGGGGAUGGGUUCUGA